AUGAACAACCAUACAGUUACAAAUAUGUUCUACUUGAAUGCAUUUGCAGACAUGAAACUGAAAGGAUUAUACUUUGUUUUGUUCUUGAUCAUAUACCUUGUAACUGUAAUUGGGAAUUUGUUUAUCAUUAUACUCACAAACAUGGAUUACCAUCUCCAGACACCAAUGUAUUUCCUUCUCAGGAAUCUUGCUUUCUUAGACAUCUGUUACACCUCUACAACAUUACCACAAAUGCUGGCCAACUUUCUGAUUGAGCAUUUGGCCAUCUCCCUCCUAGCAUGCAUUGCACAGCUAUACACCUUCCUAUCUUUUGCAGCCUCGGAGUCAUGUUUAUUAGCUGCCAUGGCUUAUGACCGAUAUAUUGCCAUAUGUAAUCCUUUAAGAUAUUCAGUCAUUAUGAAUAGGAAGGCUUGCCUUCAUAUGGUUGCUGGGACCUGGGUAAUAGGAGCCUUAUAUGGGGCAAUUCAUACUGCUAACACUUUUAGAUUGCCAUUUUGUGGUCUAAAAAUUCUUAACCAUUACUUCUGUGACAUUCCGCCCUUGUUAAAGAUUUCCUGCAUUGAUACAUUCAUUAAUGAGAUCACUGUUUUUGCUGUUGGUGGCUUUCUAAUGAUUGGCUGCUUCCUUUUGAUAUUUGGAUCUUACAUGCACAUUCUGGUUUCAGUCUUACACAUUCCAAAAGGACGUGGAAGAAAAAAAGGUUUGUCAACUUGUGUGUCUCAUCUUAUUGUUGUUCUGCUCUUUUAUGGAAGUGGUGGCUUUAUGUACUUCCGUCCGAAGUCUAAUCUGCUUGCAGAUAAGGAAUGGCUUCUGUCGCUGUUCUACACCAGCAUUACACCUCUCCUAAACCCUCUUAUAUACAGUCUGAGAAACAAAGACAUUCAACGGGCAUUCCAGAAACUUUUCAAUCUGUCACUACUACCGAGACACUACUAA